CCCUACUCCCUGCAAUCCCAGAGCUCCAGGGCCGAGGGCACGUUCCAGGUGACGAUGCUGCCAGGGGAUGGAGUGGGCCCAGAGCUCAUGCACGCCGUCAAGGAGGUCUUCAAGGCUGCCAGUGUGCCCGUGAUCUUUGAUGAACACCAGCUGAGCGAGGUGCAGAACACAGCCUCAGAGGAGAAGCUCGACCGUGUCAUCGACUCCAUGAAGGAGAGCAAAGUUGCCCUCAUAGGUAAGAUCCACACGCCCAUGGAGUAUAAGGGAGAACUGGCAUCCUACGACAUGAGGCUCAGGAGGAAGCUGGACCUGUUUGCCAACGUGGUACACGUGAAGAGCCUACCUGGCUACCAGACCCGGCACAACAACCUGGACCUGGUGAUCAUCCGGGAGCAGACAGAGGGCGAGUACAGCUCCCUGGAGCACGAGAGCGCCAAGGGGGUGAUCGAGUGCCUGAAGAUCAUCACCCGUGCCAAGUCCCAGCGCAUCGCCAAGUUCGCCUUCGACUACGCCACCAAGAAGGGACGUUCCAAGGUUACAGCUGUGCACAAGGCCAACAUCAUGAAGCUUGGGGAUGGGCUGUUCCUGCAGUGCUGUAAGGAGGUGGCCGAGCUGUACCCCAAGAUCAAAUAUGACACCAUCAUAAUUGACAACUGCUGCAUGCAGCUGGUGCAGAACCCCUACCAGUUCGAUGUCCUGGUGAUGCCCAACCUGUAUGGCAACAUCGUGGACAACUUGGCUGCAGGGCUGGUGGGUGGUGCCGGCGUCGUGCCCGGGGAGAGCUACAGUGCUGAGUAUGCCGUGUUUGAAAUGGGCGCUCGACACCCCUUCGCCCAGGCCGUGGGCAGGAACAUCGCCAACCCCACAGCCAUGCUGCUCUCAGCCUCCAACAUGCUGAGGCACCUCAACCUGGAAUUCCACUCCAACCUGAUUGCAGAUGCGGUGAAGAAGGUGAUCAAGAGCGGCAAAGUUCGUACUCUGGACCUGGGCGGUUACUCCACCACCACCGACUUCGUCAAGUCUGUGAUUGACAACCUGCACCCCAACUAUGGGGCCUAG